CGUCAUCACACGAUGAAACAGAGAAGAAGAAACGAACAGUUGCAGUUUCUGUUGGGACUAAUUAUGGAAAUCUAACCAAACAGUGAGGCUGAUAAAGUAACUUAAUUAAAGCUCAUCCUGUUUUGUUUUUUCUCUUGCAUCAAAACAACAACACAACAACGCUCAGACUCAGCAGCAUUAUUAUUAUUAUUGAUUGUAGAGAGACUAGAUAGAAGAGAGACCAGCAACGUUCCCAAGGCAGCCCAGCGAGUGAAGCCGGCAACACAUUAACUCGCUUUCUCUCUCUUUGGCUUCUUUAUGCUUUUGCUUUUCUUUAUUUUAUUUUUCUCUUCUCUGCUUCAAGGAAUCUCACAAACAUCGCUUCAGGAAGGAAAUUUUUUUGAAAGGAGACCAGAGUUUAUUCUUAGAGAGAAAGAGAAAAAGCCGGAAAUGCAGAUGAGUUGUGAGAUUCCGGCGAGUUCCCGGUGAGGUUAUUGUUUGGUCGGUUUUCUUAGGUUUUUUCUUGAAGAUCUGAUUUGAUAAAAUGCGAGAAUCUAUUGGUUGUAAUGAACUGAGCUAUGGUAUUAACAAUAACAAGAAGCUGAAAUCAGAGGAAGAAAGGGAGACAGAGGUAGAAGAAGGAGGAGGAGAGGAGGAAACUUCAGCUUUAUUAGUAGUUCCGCCAUCAUUUGUUGUAGUAGGAAGAAGUAGAUCUCAGACUGGUAGUGGUGUUAGAAGAGUAACUCCGACAACAGCAACCACAACAGCAGCAGCAGCAGCUAAUAGUAAUAGUGAUAAGAGUGUUGAGAAAGUUCUACCAAACGGAGAUCUCUACACAGGAAGUUUCGUAGGUAACGUACCACACGGAACGGGAAAGUAUCUGUGGAGAGACGGUUGUAUGUACGAAGGAGAUUGGAGGAAAGGGAAAGCAUCAGGGAAAGGUAAAUUUUCAUGGCCAUCUGGAGCUACAUUUGAAGGUGAAUUUAAAUCUGGUAGAAUGGAUGGAUUUGGUACUUUUAUUGGUUCUGAUGGUGAUACAUAUCGUGGAUCAUGGAGUUAUGAUAGGAAACAAGGGUAUGGUCAGAAAAGUUAUGCCAAUGGGGAUUUCUAUGAAGGUUUGUGGAAAAGGAAUUUACAAGAAGGUCAAGGUAGAUAUGUUUGGAGGAAUGGGAAUGAAUAUCAAGGGGAUUGGAAAAAUGGGGUUAUUAGUGGUAGAGGUGUUUUGGUUUGGGCUAAUCGUAAUAGAUAUGAAGGUCAAUGGGAAAAUGGGGUUCCUAAAGGCCAUGGUACUUUUACUUGGCCUGAUGGGAGUAGUUAUGUUGGUUGCUGGAAUAAUAGUUUGAAGAAUCAGUUGCUUAAUGGAACUUUUUAUCCUGGUACUGCUAAUAAUCCUAGUGGUGGUGCUGGUGAUAUAAAGGAUUUAAUCAGCUGUAAUGGUGUUGUUGACAAUCAGAGAAGGUCAUUGAGUGAAGAGAAUUUUUUGUUGACUACUAAUAGGAAGAGAUCUUCUGUUGAUGGAGGAAGAGGAAGUUUAGCUGAGAAGAAUUUUCCUAGGAUUUGUAUUUGGGAAUCAGAUGGAGAUGCUGGUGAUAUUACUUGUGAUAUUCUUGAUAAUGUGGAGGCUUCCAUGUUUUAUAGAGAUGGGACUCAUUUGGAUCACGGACUAGGAGGUGGUGCUACACAGAUUAGAAGAAGUCCUGUUUGUUUUACAGGCGAGGCUAAGAAACCUGGUCAAACCAUAGCAAAAGGACACAAGAAUUAUGAAUUGAUGCUCAACCUUCAACUGGGUAUCAGGCAUUCAGCUGGGAAGCAUGCUUCUAUUUUGCGGGAACUCAGGCCUUCAGACUUCGAUUCAAGGGAAAAAUUCUGGACAAGAUUCCCGUCUGAAGGAUCAAAAGUUACACCGCCCCAUCAAACGGCAGAGUUCAGAUGGAAGGAUUAUUGUCCCAUGGUGUUUAGACAUUUGAGGGAAUUAUUUGCGAUAGAUCGAGCUGAUUACAUGUUAGCCAUUUGUGGCAAUGAUGCCCUCCGAGAGCUAUCUUCCCCAGGGAAAAGCGGAAGCCUCUUUUACAUGACACAAGAUGACCGGUUUAUGAUAAAGACCGUGAAGAAAUCCGAAGUCAAGGUACUUCUUAGGAUGCUACAGAGUUACUACCAACAUGUUUGUCGGUAUGAGAACUCCCUGGUUACGAAGUUUUUUGGGGUGCACUGUGUGAAACCAGUUGGAGGCCAAAAGACACGUUUCAUUGUAAUGGGCAAUUUGUUCUGCUCUGAGUAUCGUAUCCACAGGCGAUUUGACUUGAAGGGUUCCUCCCAUGGUCGAACAACCGACAAGCCCGAGGGCGAGAUAGACGAGACUACCACCUUGAAGGACCUUGACCUAAAUUUCGUAUUCCGCUUGCAAAAGUCUUGGUUUGAAGAGCUUAUUAGACAAAUUGACCGCGACUGUGAGUUCUUGGAAGCUGAGAGAAUCAUGGACUACAGCCUCUUGGUGGGUCUCCAUUUCCGCGAGGACUACCCGGGGGACAAGGCAGGAAUGUCGCCUUUGUUUGCACCUUCUGGCAAAACAGAUUCAGCUGCUGUACGUGGUUGCAAUAUCUUCAGUGAUAAGGAUAUGGAUCGGGUCAUAUCUGGCAGGAAGCCAUUAAUCCGGUUGGGUGCCAACAUGCCAGCAAAGGCGGAACAGGUGCCAAGAAUCGAGUUUGAUCAGUACAGCCCAUUUACAAAUGGAAACUCCAUCGGUGCAUUCAGUGGUGAUGUGUAUGAUGUAGUCCUUUACUUUGGAGUCAUUGACAUUCUCCAAGACUACGACAUUAGCAAGAAACUAGAACAUGCCUACAAGUCAUUGCAGGCCGAUCCCACGUCUAUUUCAGCCGUAGAUCCAAAGCUCUACUCAAAGAGGUUUCGUGAUUUUGUUGGAAGGAUCUUUUUAGAAGAUAAAUCGUAAGAGAAGUAUAGUAAUACGAGAGAAAAGUUCAAACAAAAGAAUCGAUCACUGGUCGAAAAGAAUGUCCUGUCCGGAUGCAUACUUACUAAAAGCCUAACUGCAGGACAACAAGGAUUAGUACCAGGCUGUGAAAAACAACAGCUUUGGUAAUUUUCGAACGACCGGUUCGAAUUAUGAUUGGGUUGGUCCUGCCAUGGUUGAAUUUUGGUAAGCAGCCAUGAUAGAGAAGAGGUGGAGGGGUGAUGAAACAAAGUAAGAAUGUUGUAUAUGUCUUUGAGAGAGAGAGUGAGUUGGAAUCUGACUGAUUAUAUUGUUGAUUUUUUUCUUCUUUUUCUUUUUGUUGGUGGGUAACCAAGAAAUGUGAAGAUUGGGAAGAUAGAUAUAGAAAAAACAAAUAGAUGAAAAAAAUGUUUGUGGGUUGUAGUUUUUUGGAGAAAGAGAUAGUGAGAGAGAUGGGUAUUUGGAAUAAGAAAUGUACAGCAGCUUAAAAGGAUAGAUGAUGGAAUUUUAAGAUUUUUUUGGGGGGUUUUCAGAUCUUUCUCUUCUAAUCUAAAGAAUGUGGGAAUUAUCUAUAA